GCCAUGCUUUCUACACAUGUUUCAUCCAUGUUAUAGGUGAUUAUGCUAUUUGGGUAAAUAAAAAAAUUGAAAUGAAGCUUAAAUAGUAAAGUUUGGAGCUUAUUUAUCCAUUCCUUUUUUUUAUAUCGAGAUGAGAUAUCUUUUUUGCUAUCUGAAUACCAGACAAUCAUGAUCCGCUGGAUAAUACUCUUCGAAAAGAGUGUUUUAUAUAUGAUGCAUGUUCGGUCUGACACUAUUUAUUUAUUUUUUAUUUUUUUAUUUUUUUAUUAGGCCUCGCAGUAUUUAGUUACAAAUAUUUCUCAUCAGAGAAUGGUCCUAAUAACCAUACACCCUAGAAAAGGGAAAAAUGGUGCGAUUUGCGCUGUCACCCGUUUAUUAAUUUAAGAGAGAAUAUAUGUGAAAGCAUUUUUAAUAUUUAAUCACUAUAUGUAUUUAUAUGACUCACUAAAUUUGUAUUACUGGUGACUCGCGUGCAACAUCUUUAACUCAACAACACUCUUUUGCUCGAGCUCCUCAGCUAGUAUUGUUAUUAUUUCUUUGUCACACCCUUAUUCCAACGGACGGAUUAUUGUCCAUUUCUUGCAAAAUAAUUACUCAUUUUGCUUAUUUUGUAUCUCAUUUUUUAUAUUAGAAUUAAAUCGAUAUAAAAUCUCAUCAGUUAUACGUCGAAACUCUUUGCUUUUAUGAUCGCCAGUUUUUAGAUUCUAGAUCUGUAUAGUUGAUACCAUCUUUAAAAAAAAAUUAUUUAAUUUUUUUAAUAAAUAUUAUAUAUAUUCAAAUUUCUUCCUAGAAAAAUAUUUACUAAAAGUAUUAGUUCAGUAUACAGUCAACAUAUUAUAUACUUAUAUAUAUUAAGCGUAAGAGAGAUAAUUUGGUCGCAUGGUCACAUGGUCCAAAGGCUUAUCAUCCGUUGUAUUGUAUAUUGAACAAAUAAGAACCGUUGGAUUAGAACAAAAUUAACUUCUAAUUCUAUAAAGCAACUGAUAUCUACUUGCAUAUUUAUAAUUCCUUUUUUAAAUCCAAAACAAAUUCUGUUUUUCACAUGUGUAUGAUUUUUUUAAAUCCAAAAUAAAUAUUUCCUACCAGUUUUAAUUGUAGAAUCUAUAAAUCGCACCGUCAUAAAAUUAAUUUUAUCUAAUAUAUUUUAAGAUUAAUAAGCCGGAUAUUUUAAUCCAAAAUUAAUAUUUCCUAACAGUUUUAAUUGUAGAAUCACAUAAAUCGCACCGUCACAAAAUUAUUUUUAUCUAAUAUAUUUUAAAAUUAGUAAGCCAUAUUUAAAUCAUAUUAUGAUAAUUCUAAUAUAAAAUACAUUUAUAAAUAUAAUCUAAUGGAAGUUGACGUCACAUAUUUUACUCAAUAUAUACUAAAAUUUGAUAUAAAAAAAUUUAAUACCUUGGCAUGAUACAUAGGAGAAAAGGAAUGACUUGAUUACAAUAAUUUAUUUGAAGCCAUUAAUGACUAUGACGAUGUAUUUUAUACUGCAUCGCCACUGUCGGAUGAUAUAACAUGUGUGACCAUUUUAUUUAUUUACAGAAACAAGUCUGAAAAGUAUGUCCUAUAUAUUCAUACAAUAGUUCUGACUUACAAACAAAUCAUAAUUUCAAAUUUUAUUUGAUUGAAAAUUUUAAUUUAUUAUUUAUAAAUUAAAUUCUUUCACACCAUUUACAAUAUAAUUAAAAAGCUUAUAAAUAAUUAAAAAGCUCCCGUGCCUUGCACGAGCUAUAAGCUAGUAUCUGUUUUUUUUUUUUAUCAAAUAAGCUAUAGUAUCUGUUAAAAACAUUAAGUAGUAUAUGUAUUAAAAACACUAGAGUAUUAGUUAACGGUCGUUAAUUAUUGUAUACAUAAAUAUAUUAUUUUAUAAACCGAAAAUUCUGAAGAAAACAGUAAGAAAAUAUAAAAUUGUAACGGGAAGUGAAAGUAGUAGGUAGCCCGCGCAGAUCACCUGUUCGGUCUAAUGUCUCACCGGGAAAGUGAACCUAGUCCACUUUGUGUUUUGCCCUAAUCAAAUUCAACUGUCCGGCAGUCACGCAAUCUCUGAGAAAACAUGGGGUAAAGACCUUUAUACACCAAGCCCUACUUUGUUAAGAGAAUCUGACUGGUACUUUGAUUAGGCAAUCAUCAAAGUUUGUGCUGAGCCAAUGGUUAGCUUGUUAGAAGAUUCCGGAUCAUAGUAAGAAGAUAAUGAUGACUAUAGCUUCAACUUGAUAUGCGAUAACAGCGAUAAGGUUGCAGGAUAAUUUGCACCAGUGGCAGUCUAGCACUUGCCAGUGAAUUUUCAGUAAUGAUUGCACGAAGUGCAUAUAAUCCUGAUUAUGUUGAAAGACCAUCCGUUGUGGUGUUAAUGAAGAUCCAUAUUCUGAGGAAGGUGGACAUGGAUCCGUUGACACAAGCUCAGGUUGAUGCAUGCCCUGAAGCAAUAAUUCUAUCGCUGUCCCCGGGUGAGAUGGAACAAGAAAAUAAUAUAUCUUCGGAGAUCUCUAACAAGGCUGAAGAAUCGAAGAUAUCGAGGAUUAUCCUUAGCCCUGUCUUUGUGCAGUUUGGGAGUUGGUUUCUAAAAGGAACUAAUGUCAACAAAAUAUUUAUACAGAAGCUAUAAUCUGGUCGUCUACUUCCAUGAGAUUUAGCAAAUGCAAAAAAGUAAUCUGUAGGUGCAUUUCACCGAUGUCAAAGGCACUAAGCUUAAGAUCUGCAAAAUCGGUGAUGAAGGUAAGUCAAUCGAGCCCAAGAGGCAGAAGAACAAGGGGAGGACCUGAUAAUUCCUCUUGCAAGUUUAGAGGCGUGAGGCAGCGGACUUGGGGCAAGUGGGUGUCGGAGAUAAGCGAGCUUAAUCGUGGAAAGCGCACUUGGCUAGGCACUUUUGCAACCGCUGAGGCUGCAGCUAUGGCCUAUGAUGAGGCUGCUGUCAAGCUCUUUGGUUCUGAUGCUAAAAUCAACUUUCCAGAGAGGCUACCACAAGUGUCAUGUCCAGUCCAGGCCACAGCCCCCACUAGCGAAAUUCCAGAAGAAGGAAUUGUAGAAUUGCAGCAGGGUGAGGAUCCACCAGCUAUGGCCUAUGAUAAGGCUGCUGGUAAGCUGUCUGGUGGUUAUGCUAAGCUUUCUGAGAACAUACCUCAGGUGUCAUGUCCAGUUCAUACGAGAGCCACCACUAGCAAGGACACCCUUAUAUAUUCUGAGGGAAUCAAAACUCCUGGAGGACUUACAGAGAUGGAGCAGGUUGCAUGCCCACCAGGUCCUGAAUUCUCUCUUACUACUAUUCAGUAUGACUGCCUGAUAAAUGAUCUGUUGAUUGGUAAUUUUGAUUAUGUUAUGAAGAAACAAUCCGAUGUAGCUCGGAUUGUUAACCAUGUUGAUUUGCAAGGUGAUAAAGUUGGGAAGAAUGAAGGUAAUUUGGGAGAAAAGCUGAUUGUGGAAUUGCCAAAAUCUGACGGUUCUACCUUGUGGGAUGAAAUCAUGGCAACAACUGAUUUAGAGAAGAUCAAGAACCCAGAGGAUUUUUCAGCUGGUGACUUGGACGAUGUUUUUAAAGAUAUCCUGGAAGAUGAUCUAGGCAUAGACAUUUCUGGGUUCUGAAUAGUGCCUCGCUCACACUGCACCUAAGCUAUGAUGGAUUUUAUUUUCUGUCACUUCAUGUAAUAUGUAUAUAGUCUUAACUAUCGAGAGCAAAGAGUUGUGUUACAGUGGAUCAUACAAGGUCACAUGAUCUUCUUAAACAAUAAUGUUUGCUAUAUAUCGAGUUUGUAAAACGAAUAAAUAUGUAUGAAUAAAAUCUGUGAUGUUGUUGGCUUUAUAUAAAA